CCGUCAUUGUGUGACUGUCAUCUUGUGUGAAAUGUUAAAUCUUUUGACAUUUUUUGAUAAACAAAACGAAAAUAACCUGUGAAAAUAAGGCAAGAGUUGGCAAGAGAUUGUUUGAACGUUAAUAUUUUAACGUUUUAAUUCGUUUAAUUUUUCUUACAAUGGAAGUUUUAAUUGGCAAACAACAAGUAAUUCGCACAGAUCAUUGUGCAAGUUCCAGAGAAUUACGAAGUAUAAUAUCAUUUCAAUUGGGUUUAAAACACGAAGAUUUUUACUUGAUUUCUAAUGGAAAAUUAUUAAAUAAUGAAGAUGAUCUUAUUUCCGGUCAAGUACAUUUUAUCCCUACUACUCUGGGUGGAAAAGGUGGUUUUGGUUCGAUGUUAAGAGCAAUUGGGGCACAAAUUGAAAAAACUACAAACAGGGAAGCUUGUAGAGACCUGAGUGGUAGAAGAUUACGAGACAUAAAUGAAGAACAAAGAUUAAAGAAGUGGGUAGCACAGCAAGCAGAAAGAGAAAAAGAAGCUAAAGAAAGAAAGAAAAAGAAAUUAGAAAAGUUAUGUGAACAACCCAAACAUGAAUUUAAGGACACAGAAUAUGACAAAGAAAGGUCAGCUUUACCAGAGAUGGUGGAAGAUGCGGUGUCAAAAGGUAUGGAAGCAUCAUGUAAAAGGAAAGCUGACGAUAAACCUGAAAAGAUUCCUAAGAAAAAAAAGAAACUAUGGGUAGACAGUGAUUUAGAAGAUUUUGACUCGUCAGAAGAAGAUAACUCAGAUGAUGGAGAGGGCAGUACUUCAAAUAAAGAUGAAGAACCUGUAUCAUUAGGUGAAUGCAGUAGUUCACAUUCAGAAAGUCCCGAAAUCCAGGGGGAUUCUAAACAAAUCAAAUUAGAUCCUGCAUUAGAUGAUUUAUCAAAUAUACAGAAGAAUGAAUCAGAUAAGAUUAAUAUUUUUAAAGUUAACAACCAGACCAUAUCAGAAGAGGAAACUGACAGCUCUAAAAAGACUUCAAAAGAAGAAACAAACUCACUCUUAAAUACAAAUGAAUCGGAAGAAACACAAGAGGAAAAAUAAUCCAUAAGUGGUGAAAGGUUAUGUUAUGAAAUCGCUAAAUAAUGUAAGAUUAAAAAUAAAUUAAAAA